AUUGUUUNGAUUGGAGUGAUCAACCUAGUGGUAUCAUGUCUGUUCCUUGUCGAGACCAAAGGCGUGAAUCUCGACAAAGUGGAUAUCAAUGAUACGGCGACACCCGAACAAGAACUGAAGAAUAUGAUCGCGAAAGAUGGCGAAGUCAAGGCAUAA